ACCGUCAUGCGAUUUGGGGUCUUAAUGACAUAAUGCGCAAACGUCAUAAAUGACGUCAAAAGUCAUACCGGAAGAUCAUUGCGAAACUACACAUGUUAAUCUAGAAGUUUUGUUUACGAUUAUUAUCGACAGGUUACACGUAUUUUCUUUGCGUAAAAUGGCCGAAGAGCUAGAGGAACUAGAGAGCCUUUUAUCAGAGCAUUUUGGCAGAACACCGUUGACUACACCCUUUAAUACCCAGGAAUAUGUUAGUAGCGACAGCGGUUCUGACCAAGACAUCAGGGAAAAUAGUAUAGUGGAGAGCCGUGUGCGAGACUUCCUUUACCAGGAUAGAGGCGCAUGUACUGGUGCAAAUGGUUGUUCGGAAGACAUUGAAAGGGAUGAAGAGCUUGAAUGGUCCGAUGAAGAUGAAAUCUGUGAUGAUUAUGUUGAACCAGAUUCUGACCGGCAGCAGGUUGAACUUUAUAAAUCAAGUAAAUGCUGUAGGUUAGCAUGUAGCGGAAAAUUCACUAAAGAUCAAAUAUAUCAGUACCUACUUAAUGUGAAAGAAAUGGAAAAAGAAACAAAGGAAAUUUACAUUAUGGGUCUCAUAAAUGAUGAAAGAUCUACAGAAAAAACACAACGUGGUAAAAAACGUCAAAGAAUGAGAAGAAAGUAUACGUUUCAUGGUACUGAAGUAUGUAAAAAGACAUUUCUACUUUGUCAUGGCAUAGUGAACACUAAGUAGCUUAAGUAAGCAAGUUUUUCAGGAAGGUAUUGCUCCACGUAUACAUGGAAAUACUGGCAGAAACCACAUAAUGCUAUUACCUUU